UCUCGAACGCCUUUAUUCCUGAUUUGUUGCGUAAGAUCGCAGCUCUCCUCCAGGCCCCGCUGUCUGCGUUUUACUUCAUUAAACUGCGGUGUCGGUAUAAAAACACUGAUGGUAUUUGAUUCGGCCCUGGACAGAGGGCACGGCUGAACGGGACUGCGACAGGAACCGGCGACAUGGCUCGACCACGGCUGCGGGACUACCAGGCGGGGGAUCUGGUGUUCGCCAAGAUGAAGGGAUACCCGCACUGGCCGGCGAGGAUUGAUGAGCUUCCAGAAGGUGCUGUCAAACCGCCUGCCAACAAGUAUCCCAUCUUCUUCUUUGGGACUCAUGAAACGGCGUUCUUAGGUCCCAAAGAUCUUCUGCCAUACAAAGAGUACAAAGAUAAGUUUGGAAAGUCCAACAAGAGGAAAGGAUUCAACGAGGGCCUCUGGGAGAUCGAGAACAACCCAGGAGUCAAGUUCACAGGUUAUCAGGCCAUGCAGCAGCAGAGCUCCUCGGAAACAGAAGAAGCGGGAGACGCUGCCGAUGGCAGCAGCGAGGGUGAAGAGGGAGACUCUGUGGAGGAGGAAGACUGCAAUGGACAAGCCAACAAGACUGGAUUCAAACGGAAAAAGACAGCCAAGAAAUCCACCAAGCUGUCAAGAAUCUCAUCCGGAGAUGAUGUUCUGGAGAAGGAUGAUAAAGAUGAUGACCAGAAGAGCGGCUCUGAGGGAGGAGACAAUGACAUCAUCCAAAACACCACUGACAGUAAGAAGCAGCUGCUGAUAGAAGAACGUUAAUGGAAGAAUGUUCUUUGUAAGUGUGACAGAAAAGUGAAUCUGCAACACGAGCUCUCUUCAGUGCCACCUGCUGGCUGCCACCGUCACCUCCUCUCGUG